AUGGACGAAGAAGAAGACGACUUUUAUGACCCCGUGGAUGCAGUGCCAGUCACGCAAUCGCAGAACCACGCACAAAAUGCAGCUCCAGGCCAACCGCAGGAGAGCAAUGAUAUGGACGACGAGGAGGAGAUAGAGGUCGAAGAGGACGACGAUGACGACUUCAACAUCAUCACAGAGGCACCUGCAGACGCACCAGCGCCAGAAGCCUCUCACCCACGCCACGCAAGCUUACGACAAGAAUCACAAAGGCCCGGCUCGGCCGACUCGUCGAUGAUAUCCAAGGCAGGGACUCCAUCAGCAACACCCCGAUACGAGACCUCAACCCCAGUCAUCGGCCAACCGGCUGCAGUAAAACCUCCCUCCGACCAAAAGCCAGGCUCUGCCUACCCAGCCAUUCACAGCUCGAACAUCGACGUCAACGCGAACCCCAUUCACCCGACGACAGGCAAGCCGAUCAUGUCCACGGACAUGGAUGCCGAUUUCCCGUCCGACGACAAGCCCUGGCGCCGGCCUGGAUCAGAUCUGUCAGAUUACUUUAACUACGGCUUCGACGAGUUUACAUGGGCAGGCUAUUGUCUCAAGCAGCAAGGUGUUCGACAGGAGGUUGGCAGCCAGAAACGACAGAUGGACGAUAUGCAGGCUUUCAUGACUAUGGGCAUGCCCCCAAUGCCUGGUGCACCCCCAGGACCUACUGCUGCUCCCGCUGCCGCUCCGCCUAUGUCUGGCAUGCCCGGCGGUAUGCCAGAUAUGAACCCCGAUAUGAUGCAGGGUAUGUUGGCCAACAUGAUGGCCCAGGGCCUGGACCCGUCUUCUAUGGAUCCAAUGGCUUUCAUGCAGCAUGCGCAGGCCAUGGUUCCCGGUGGUGGACAGCCGAGCCAACCUGGCUUCGGUGGUCAACCCCAAGGACAAGGCUUUGGUCAAGGUGGUCAGGGUCAACUGGGCUAUGGUGGAUACGAUCAACGCGGUGGCUACGGGGGACGAGGACGGGGGCGCAGGUGGUAA